AUGAGUUACGCAAGAACCAUUUCCGUCUGUCGGCACGUGACAGGCUACCCGCACGCCACGUGCCGCCCCGCCCCCCGCUGCCCCCGCCCGCAACCUCUCCCCGGGCUUUCCCACCUAACAGCUCUUUGCCGCGACACAAAACCGGCCCAGCCCCGCCGCACUCUACAUACACGUACACCUACACGUACACCUACACGUGCACCUACACGUACACCUACACACUACACAGCCUGCACGCACCCAAUACCCAUGGUCUCCGUUAAAGUACCCUCGACCCCCGCUGCAUUCACGGAAGCGCUCGCCGCCUACAUCAUCGACCAACAAGACGCCGCGUUGAAGCGGUCUAACCGCUUCAACGUAGCCAUUAGCGGCGGCUCACUCGUGUCCCAACUCUACGAGGCGCUCGUGAAAGACCCGCGUUCCGCGCCCAAAGUCCACUGGGCCCAAUGGCACAUCUACUUUUGCGACGAGCGCCUUGUCCCCCUAAACGACCCCGACAGCAACUACGGCGCCUUCAAGCAUCACGUGCUCGACCCGCUUCUGGCGCACCACGAAAACGCCACGCCCCCUAUCCUAGGUCCUACCUGUUACGCGAUCAACGAGUCGCUGGUGGGACUGGACGAAAACGACCGCAUUGCCGACGAAUACGCGUCACUGUUACCCGGAGCAGGGUUCGACCUGGUACUUCUAGGCUGUGGCCCAGACGGGCACACCUGUUCUUUGUUCCCCGGUGAGCGCCACGCGUUUUUGCUCGAAGAGCAAAAACGCCCCGUUAUGUGGUGUCCGGAGUCUCCCAAGCCCCCUGCGGACCGUAUCACCUUCACGCUUCCGGUUCUGCGCGCGGCGCGCGCCCUGUGCUUUGUCGCACAGGGCGCCGGCAAGCGGGCCGUCCUGCAGCGCAUUCUGGGCGGGGCCGAUGGCACCGCGCACGACUCGGCCGAUACGCCGCUGCCCUGCGCGCGCGUCAACGCGGAGUGCCCUCACACGACGACGUGGUUCCUGGACACAGAAGCCGCCGGAGACAUUGCCGCUCGAGCCGAUAUGUGA